UUUUAAUAUAAGAUUAGCUGUUAUAUCUACAGUCUAGGCCUAACCCAACCACAAGAAAGACAGAGAGAGAGAGAAAAACAAGAAACAGAACAAGGAUGACGAAAACACUGUUACUGGUGUCUUUGUUGCUCUGCAGCUUUAUCAUCGAUCUUGAAGCUUCACACCAAGAUCUCAACCAACCGUACCGGACCGGUUAUCACUUUCAACCUCCCAGUAAUUGGAUGAACGAUCCUAAUGGACCAAUGGUAUACAAGGGGAUAUAUCAUCUUUUCUACCAGUACAACCCAUACGGUGCCGUCUGGGAUGUAAGAAUCGUGUGGGGUCACUCCACGUCACUUGAUCUAGUUAACUGGACCCCACAGCCACCAGCUUUCAGUCCAUCUCAACCGUCAGAUAUAAACGGUUGUUGGUCAGGCUCCGUCACGAUUCUCCCCAACGGCACACCGGUGAUCCUCUACACCGGCAUUGACCAAAACAAAAGUCAAGUCCAAAACGUCGCCGUUCCGGUUAACAUCUCCGAUCCAUAUCUCCGGGAAUGGUCAAAGUCGUCGAAAAAUCCUCUGAUGGCUCCUGACGCCGUCAAUGGAAUCAACCCCGACCGGUUCCGUGAUCCGACCACCGCGUGGAUCGGACACGACGGAGAAUGGAGAGUCAUCGUCGGAAGCUCGACGGACGAUCGUCGAGGGUUGGCGGUUCUUUACAAGAGCAGAGAUUUCUUCAACUGGACGCAAGCGACGAAGCCUCUUCACCACGAGGAGUUAACCGGAAUGUGGGAGUGUCCUGAUUUUUUCCCGGUUUCGUUAACCGGAACUGACGGUGUGGAAACGUCGUCGUUUGGUGAGGUGAAACACGUGCUGAAAGUGAGUUUGAUAGAGACGUUGCAUGAUUAUUACACGAUCGGGAGUUACGACCGUGAGAAGGAUGUUUAUGUUCCGGAUCUUGGGUUUGUGCAAGAUGGUUCGGCUCCGAGGUUGGAUUACGGGAAGUAUUACGCGUCGAAAACGUUUUACGAUGAUGUUAAGAAGCGAAGGAUCUUGUGGGGUUGGGUUAAUGAGUCUUCACCGGCUAAGGAUGAUAUUGAGAAGGGUUGGUCUGGUCUUCAGUCAUUUCCAAGAAAAGUUUGGCUCGGUGAAUCGGGAAAUGAGCUGCUACAAUGGCCUAUUGAAGAGAUUGAGACCUUGCGUGAGACACAAGUCAAAUGGGACAACGAGGUUCUUAAGGCAGGAUCUGUUCUUCAAGUUUCUGGUGUCACUUCUGCACAGGCGGACGUUGAGGUAUUUUUCAAAGUGAAGGACUUGGAAAAAGCGGAUGUGAUUGAACCAAGUUGGACUGAUCCUCAAAAGAUAUGUAGUCAGGAAGAUUUAUCGGUUAAGUCCGGUUUAGGGCCAUUUGGUUUGAUGGUGUUGGCCUCAAAUGACAUGGAGGAGUACACAUCAGUUUACUUCAGAAUCUUUAAAUCAAAUGAUACGAAUAAGAAUACUAAGUAUGUAGUGCUGAUGUGCAGUGACCAAAGCAGAUCUUCGUUGAAUGAAGAAAAUGAUAAAGCAACGUUUGGUGCUUUUGUGGCAAUAGACCCUUCACAGGAAACACUUUCUCUUAGGACUUUGAUUGAUCACUCUAUAGUGGAGAGUUAUGGUGGAGGAGGCAAAGUAUGUAUAACUUCAAGAGUGUAUCCGAAACUGGCAAUUGGAGAAAAUGCAAAUCUCUUUGUCUUCAACAAAGGAAAUCUGAGUGUUGAUGUCUUGAGCUUAAGUGCUUGGAGCUUGAAAUCUGCCCAAAUCAAUGAUGAGUCAAUGUCACCAUUCAUCCAAUAUGAAGAUUCACACUCACUUAACCAGUCUUGAUUAUUCUUUAGUAAAACACAUUUUACAUUUUAUGGGGAAAACACAAAAUAAUCAUUCCCCACAAUUUUAGCAUUCAAUUGAAAAUUCGGAGUUUUUUUUUGUGUAUGUAUUAUGUAUGUUAUUCUUCAUUGAAACACAGGACUUUUAAAAUUCCCGGUCAAGUAAAACAAGAUCCCUUAGA